AUGUCUUCCUACCGUCGGCCGAGGCACCACACCUACGACUACAACUACAAGGUGGGAGAGAGCAGCUACCGCGACAUGCUCGACUACCUGGACAAGAAGGAGGGCCGCAGCGCGCCCAGUCCUCCCCCGGGAAAGAAAACAUUCGCGGAGCGGUUCGCCGAGCGUCCCUUCUACGGCGAGCCGCGCCCGCUCAAAUUGCAUCAGAGCGAUCUCCUGGCUCCCGAGCGCCGUAUCUCUGAGCGUCCGUCCUCUGAGCGGCGGGCCACAGAGCGUCCCUCCACAGACCGAUGGGCCAGCGACGGUGCCGACAGGACGGCCGGGCUGUCUCCGCGGCCGGAGCGGAGGCGCGUGCUCGACGACAUGCCACUGCUCCCAGAGCGCACCAGCAAACCGGCUGCAAACGAGAAGGACUUGGAGAUGGAUCCCGAGGAGCUGAUCGCCUCGAUCCGCCGCGGCCGCGCCAAGCGUAUGGAGCUGCUCAGUUCUCUGGAGGCCGAGUCAGCGGCAGAGGGCGCGGAGGAGAGCAGCGCGGCCCGUCGCCGGAGGGCGCCGCGGUUGGACUCCGAGGAGCCCGAGGAGCCCCUCUCCAGCCGGCUGCGGAGCCUGGCGCUCACAGAUGAUAAGGGUCAGGAGGGCACCGUAGCCUCGCGCGCCGCCGCAUCCAGCAGCUCGUCCUACUCGCUGUCCACCAAGCGCAGCGUCUCGUCCAAGAUGCAGAGCUCAUCCAGCAAAACCACUCGCUCAGUGCACUACGAUUAG